UCUUUUUAUACAAACCCGUCACCCGUCGCGAUUGAGAAAUACUAGGCCGCAGAUGUCAUCAGAGCCCUCACCAUGCUCCCCUCGAGCAUGUCGCCCCCACCGUCCACGGCCUCAGCCGCUAGCCCAACGGCCUCAAAAACCACUCUCCAACCCCCCCCACCCACACCCUCGCUCUCACCAUCACCAUCACCAGCACCCACACCCGCACCCCUCCCACGUAGACCCUUCGACAUAGACCACCACCUGAACCCCUUCAUCCCCCCCCCUCGCCUACACCUCCUCCCCGGCCCCCUCGCCCACCUCCUCGGCCACCGCCCGCACCCGCAUCCCCUCCCCCCAACGCUCCUCACAACGCUCCUCGCCCUCCUAGGGACCUUCACCGGCCUCGCCCUCGCCACUUUACUCUUCCACCACCUUCCCUCCCUCUCCCCGGCGACAGACACAAACCCACUCAUCAUCGCCUCCCUCGGCGCCACAGCCAUUUUGCUGUACUCCACGCCCGCCUCCCCGUUAGCUCAACCGCGGCCGUUGUUGCUAGGGCAAACGAUAUCAGCUACAGUCGGUAUCCUAAUCGCGCUCGCCUUCCGCUCUCUCGGGCCGGAGGAGUUUGAGAGGUUGAGAUGGCUAGCCGGUGCCCUGGCUGUGGCGGUUGCGGCGGCGGUGAUGGCCAUUACGAAGACGGUGCACCCCCCGGCUGGCGCGACGGCGUUGUUGGCGGUUACCUCAGACGAGAUUGUGGAGCUGGGAUGGGGGUUGUUGGCACUGAUUGAGGUGGGGUGUGCGGCGAUGUUGGUUGUGGCGCUUGUGUGGGGGAAUGUGCACGGGGGGAGGAGGUAUCCGGUGUUUUGGUGGACGGAGAUGGAGUUGGGGAAGGGAGGGGUGGAGGAGGCGGGGUUGGAGGUGGAAAAGGAGAUGGAAGAGGGGAGGGGGGAGAGGGUGGUUGUGUUGCCGCAGGGGUUUGUGUUGAGUGAGGGGGAGAGGGAGGUGCUGGAACGGAUUGCGGAGAGGGUUGCUGCUGCCGCCGCGGCGAAGGGGGGGGCGCCGGAGGUGAAGGUGGUGUCGUGA